AUGCCGGUUGCUAAGAAAAGAAAAGCUGGGCAUGAUGUGGAACAAACACCUACAAUUCAGAAGAUCAAGGAGUGCAAGGUUGAGCAGGAGAGUGGAAGCUCAACAGUAACCUCAGAUAUGCCAGUGAGAAAUUAUCUGGAGCGCAAUCGGUCAUGCCCAUUUUGCAAACGUUUCAUUAAUGAAAAUGUUAUAGACGAGCAUAUGGACUCUUGCUGUUUUAAAGAGGUUGGCGAGGAAAAUGGAAGCUCAUCGAAUAAGAAUCCUCCAAAUGUGAAGGUCCGGCCGAGGACUGCUCAACACAAGGAGCGCAGUCGUAAAUGUAUCCGUUGCAAUCGUUGGAUGGACCAGAAAGAUCUGGUCGACCAUAUGCGGGAUUUUCACCCUGUGGAAGUUAAAAAGGCUCUUGAGAGAAUGAACCCUGUAGAGGUCGAAAAUGCUCUUGGAAAAGUAAACGUUGUCAACUUGACGACAAGAGCGUUAGAAGUGAAGCCCGAUUUCACUCCCGAGCCCAAUUUUGGCGACUCACCGAUUCCUGCUGCAUCUUUGCUGGAGGAAUCAUCACUGUCUGCUCACUGUGACGAUGAAGAAGAUGGUGAAGAUGGUACUGUUAGCGAAGACCAUUCCAAAGCCUCAUCAGUGGAAACUCCCAACCAUGGUGAGAUAGUGCUUAGCUGUUCAUCUUGUGCGAAACUGAAUCGGAGGGUGACUGAGCUCGAAUCUGCUGUGGAAAGGCUUACUGAAAGGUUGAUAGAAUUAGAAGAACUGAUGCUAUUCAAGAAGGCCAUCAAGGAAGAGAUAGAAUAG